AUGGCUAACGACAAAGAAAUUGAAACUUCUUCCAAGGAUGGAAACAAGUCUGAUGUUUCCAACCCUUUUUUCAUUCAUCACUCAGACCAUCCUGGCAUGGUUCUUGUAUCCAAGCCACUGAAUGGAGACAACUAUGGGACAUGGUGUCGCUCCAUGCGAAUCUCCUUGAGUGCCAAGAACAAACUUGGUUUGUUGAUGGCGCCGUCACGAAGCCCUCGAAGAAAACCAUCAUGA